CUUCUCUCUUCUCCAUCUAGGAGGAGUCAAGGGCCACAACAAACUAACUAACCAACUCGCAACGCCUCCAAGACAAACAACCACCGCCACGCCACCCCAACUCCAAGAACCCAAGAACCCGGCCGGGAGCGCCGACCAUGGAGAUGGCGGCGGCCCACCUCCACCGCGACUUCUUCCUCUCGCCGUUGCCGUACCACCUCGCCGAGCUCCGCAUCGAUCCACCGCACUCAGCGGUCGCCUUCUCCGCGCCCGCCGCCGCCGCUGGUGGGCGCAAGCGCCGCUGCCUCGUCCCCGCCGUUUCGCCGCGCAAGAAGAUGCUGCUUGAGCUCCACCCCUUCGACUCCUCGCCCACCCCCACGCCGCCGCCCUCGCCGCGCCGGUCCCCGACCACCGCGCCGCCGUUGCUGUCGCGCAGGGGGUCCCCCGCAAGCGACUUCUCAUUCCCGUCAGCGCGCCCGUGGAUCGGCGGCGGCGGCGGAGGCAACAUCUUCGCCUUCUUCGAGGACACGCCCACGACGCCGUCUCCUACGGGCUCCAAUGUCAGCACCCUGUCGUUCAUGGCUUCUUCGGGGCAGCCGACAACGCCCACCACGGGCGUGGUCACGCCCGUGGCAUCGCCGAAGAAGCCCACGCAGGGGGCGGGGCCCACUGCCAACGGUGGUUUCAUAUUCACCGCUUCACCGGAGCAGCCGCUCACGCCAGCGAGCUCCACUGCCGGCGGCGGCUUCGCGUCCUUGUCUUCUGAGCCCUCCUUGUCGCCCAGGGAAUACCAAAGCGGCCGCGCCGAGGCGUCCUUGCUUUCCCCGAAACACGCGCGUACGGGCUCUACCGACAGCGGCGGCUUGGCGUUCUUCCCUUCUCCGGGGCCGGCCAUCGGCCACACAGGUUCUCCGGCGUUCGUCUUCUCGGCCUCGCAGACUUCGGCGCCGCCAGUGCGCAAGUCCGGCGGCGGCAGCAGCAAGAAAAGGCCGCGGCGACAGCACGGCAUCGUGAGCGCGCCCCGCAGGAACCUGCUGCAGUGGGACGUGCCGCAGCAGGCCAUUCAGCCGACGCAGAAGGUUGUCAAGACGAAUGCCUUGGUCACCGGCGAGGCCUCUCGCUCCUCCAUCCUGUCCGACUCAUCGACCAGGCCGUGCUGCAAGUUCUUCACCUCGCCGGCGAAGGCGAGCAAGCAGUCGCAGGAAGCCAGGAAGGUCUCCAGUGAGGAAUCCCACUCGACUUCGUCCUGCGGGUCGCUGGCCGGAUCGCGCAGCGCCUACGUCCCAUCGCCGGCAAAGCAGCCGUCAGCUGAGAAGACGAGCAAGCAGGAUCAAGAGGUGGAAGUGUCCAGCGUAGCCAGAGAGCGUCGCACACACGCCGAGCCAGUAGCCUGCACAGGUGCCGUGGUGAUGGUGUCCGUGACCUGCACUUGUGGUGUCCGGAAGGAGUUCUGCUUUGACCACUGCCACUGACCGAUUCUCGCCGUCAGUUUUCGCACUAUCGACGGAUCACAUUGCUCCGUUCCUUUCUGCAGUUCGAGUGACUAGCACUUUGUCAAGUCUGACCUGAAUUUAGGACAGUGGUAACUGCAUGCUAUGUGCUACUGCUAUUUGAGUUCAUAGAGCUGCAUUUAAGUCUGGAAGAGCUGUAAAGGUAUUGUGUCUCCAUUCUUUGUGUUCUGUCAUGUUGUUUGAACAGCCCGCAUUCUUGAUUGAUCGGUACAAUUCUGUUUGUUAGAAAUGUGCUUCUUUUGCAAGAUAGUCAUGUGUUUUCCUCUAGGUUUGUAUUUGCGGCAAGUGCUUGAUUUCCUUCUUUGGUUUGCUCUGUAUGCAAUAAGCUGUGCCUCUCUACUUUCAGAAGUUCUUAAAUAUUUUGUUUGUGUGUCUGUCUGCUGACAUAUCUGUAGUUCGCCGGGUGCACCCUGAGUAUCUGCACAUAGUACUUCGCUCGGUUUGAGAUAAGCUAGAUAUGAAACCAACAGUUAUAUAAGAAAACCAAAACGUCAAAGACCAAGAAAAGGAUAAUAAACUAUGAGUACUACUAUUACAGC